CGUCAGCUAUUUUUGUUACGCCGGUGAGGUUUGUGUGUGCAGCCAGGCGGAAUGGCCGUUUGAGUGCUAACAGCUUUAGCUAAAAACAACACAACUCGAGUUGAGGACAUCAGUUGAUAACACUAGCGCACUAUACAUACAAAGCAAGAUGGUGCUGGAACGCCAAAACCCUGCCUCAGGCAAACUUAAACCUCGUAUGUCAAAUAAGGAACGUUUUCACUGCGUAAAUCCAGAGAUUAACCUCGCACUGUACCCAGCAUUAAAAGAAUGGCUUCCCUAUAAUCAUGAAUAUCACAUCUGUGACUAUAAGACCAUAAGGCAGACUCAGGACCAUAUAGAUUUUUCUGCCACUCUGAGAAUGGCCAUAUCUACUAUUGAAGAUGUGCAGCAGUGGGUGAAAGACUCGUCAAUCACCUGGAGGAUUGAUCGAACCAGACCACCUAAGGGACAAAGAGUUAUUUUUAAGGUGGACUACAGAUGUCAUCACAACACAAAACCAAGGAACACCAUGGAACCAUCUGGAAGACGGACCAAAAACACAAACUGCCCUGCGAAGAUGAGCAUAACUCUCCAUCGGCCACCGGGAAGCAAUGGAAGGCAGUGUCGGAGCACGGAUCCUCACAUGCCAGCUUUUCCGACACUUGUGCACAUCAUCAAUGAGCACAAUCACAACUUGCACGUACCGGAUGCAUUGAGGUACAAGGACGUAGGACCAGAAGCCAUACAGAAGUUAAAGAAGCUGUUUGAAGCAGGUCAUUCACCAUCCACAGCCCUGGACAUUUUAAAAUAUGACCUUCAGCUUGAACUUGGAGAGCAUUAUGCAUAUGCAUCGGCUGACCGCUCCAUCUGCCCUGACAUUCAGUUCUGCUACAGACUGUACCAUCAAGUUUCUAAGUCUCUCAGAGAAGCCAGUCCAUCCUCCUCCAUUCUUCCCACUCAAGACCCAACCACAACCUGGAUAGCAGCUGAUCCGACCGGACAAACGUGCAUCAUGGAACACGAGAUUGUCACCACAGAAGUUUCAGAGGAAGACAAUCCCACAGACAAGCUGAAGUCAUGCCUAUCUGAUUUGUGUGAUAUCAUCGAGAAGCAGCCAAGUGUGUGGUCUGCAACACAGGACUUUAUCAAGGGAAUCGAGCGGGUCCAGCACAACCCUGUGAAGCUCGCGUCAGCCAUGCAUGCGUUUGGUCGCUAUAGCUGUCUCCUAAUGAAGAAAAAGGCUAAAACGAUUCGAUGGGGUGCUCAGUGUGCUGGACUUGCAUUACAGCAGCCUACAGCAGGGACCAGGAGGAAGCCCAAGCUUGGCGGGAGACGCCGGCUGACAGUGGGCAGACAGAGCAAGACAACUUCAGGGCCAGACCAUGAGUACAGCCAGCCGGAAAAAAGACAGAGAAGCUCAGGGCCACAUGGCUUUACACAUGGAAUGGCAAAAACCAAAUAACUAAUUAGCUUUAAUAAAUUAGUUUUAAUAGCAGUUGUGGCUCAUUACCCCUUUGCCUGACAGGAGAUAGACAUGAGUGAAUGUUAGGUGGUAUGAGUCUUUUUUUUUUUUUUUUUUUUUUUUUUUUUAAUACAGACAUGUAAAAUGGCCUUGGUCUCUGAUCCAUUUUGCAAACCUAUUUUCUCCAUUCUUCGAGUUAUUCCCAAAAUAUUCUAAAUCUGCACUUACAUUGUAUAUCAUAAUUCUUUGAGACGUAGCAGAAUGACUCGACUCUCAUUGUCUAGUCUAACAGCUAACUUCACAUUUGAGUUGCACUAUAGAUGGCUUGUUGACACCUGCAUACAUCAAUAUAGGAAUUUGUCUUUGCUCUGUACAAGACGUUUCCAUUCCAGCAUUCAGGCUAAUGCUGUUUAAAAGGAAAUAAGCCUCACUACCUGCUUUCGUCUUGCCUUCUACAAUUGUGAUACUCCAGAAGCUUCACCUUUUCUCACUGUGGGAUGGAUGGUCACUUGCGCUAAAAUUAAGUUGUGUGUGCGCCAAGCGAAACUUGGCCCGCGUUACUAACAGCUUUGGUUAAUAAUGAAAAUAUGGCACAUGAGGUGAAUGUAACAUAUGCUGUAAAUGGAAAAUAAAAUUUUAAGAGAUAUUAA